AUGCAGAAGAGCGAAGAGUAUCUCCGAUUCCACAGUGCUAUCGCCAAGACAGAAUCACCUCUUGACUGUGAGACGAAUCACAAACGAUGCAGCAUAACCUCACCAAGGAACAAUCGCUUAUCCCGUCUUUCAAACGAAGCCGUAAUGGACAGUAAGCGCAGCUCAGCUAUUUCAACCUCCUCUACCAAUGCCUCCGGCACUGGAAGGAAGCGCAAGUCUCAUGUUGGACCUUGGCGUUUGGGAGCAACAGUUGGUAAAGGGGGCACUGCUCGUGUGCGCAAGGUUAAGCACGCGGUAACCGGCCAAAUUGGUGUCGCAAAGAUCAUACCAGUGGCGAUGGCUGAACGUGCUCGUGCGAUCAGCUUAGCAAACCUUGUACGUUCGGCUGAGAGAGGUGACCCCACACUGCAUUUCGAUAAAGCCAUCCCACUUGGCCUCGAGCGGGAAAUCGCAAUCAUGAAGCUGCUUAAGCAUCCAAAUAUUGUUCGUCUUUACGACGUAUGGGAAAACAGGAACGAGAUCUACCUCAUUAUGGAAUACGUCAAGGGUGGCGAGCUGUUCGAAUAUGUUGCUGAAAGGCAUCGCCUUCAGGAAGACGUGACUGUUUACCUUUUCAGGCAGAUAAUUUGGGCACUAAAGUACUGUCAUGGUCUCAAUAUUCACCAUCGUGACUUGAAACCUGAGAAUAUCCUUCUUGACUUCGACUCAAUGACCGUUAAGCUUGUGGAUUUCGGUAUGGCUGCAUUGCAACCAAAGGGCAACUUUCUGACUACUCCAUGUGGCAGCCCGCACUAUGCGGCUCCCGAACUUCUACGUAAUGAACCAUAUGAUGGCAGCCAGGCAGAUGUGUGGAGCGCUGGCGUUGUCCUCUUUGUCAUGCUCACGGGUUAUCCGCCCUUCAACUUUCUUGUCGAUACACAAGGCAUUGUUUCCGAAGAUCAAAAGCUUAAAGGCCUCUUCCGAGCAAUCAGUCGGGCAGAAUACAAGAUGCCAAGUACCUUAAGCGCCGAAGCCCAAGAUCUAAUAAGGAGAAUUUUUGUUGUUGAUCCCAUUAAGCGCAUCAACAUUGAGGAGGUCUGGAAUCAUCCUUUCAUCCACAAGUAUGAUAGUGAAUGGGGUUUGGAUACGCUGCAGCCAUCCGAUAGUGUUCUUGCUCUCGCCAUGGCUCAAGACGAUUGGAAACCACUAGAACCAAAGACUAUUGAUCGCGACAUAUUUCGUGCCUUGAGAACUCUGUGGCACAGCGAGAGUGACACUGUACUGAUCGACAAGCUCUGCUGCAAAGACUUUAAUCAGGAAAAAUUCUUUUACCACACGAUGCUGCGAUAUCGUGAGGAAAACCUUGGAAACUUGCAAGGCUGUCCGGAGGUUGGAUACUCUGGAAGCGACUACCGACAUAAUAAGCGAGCAUCUGCCACCCCUGCUCUGCCAAAUAAGGUGGCGGAUCAUUCUACAAGCAUCAGAAGCAAGUCAAAGUCUGUCCAGUCGGAGUACUCCAUUAUCGGCGAUGAACACCUCUUUUCAAAGCACAGCUACUACGAUCUUCCUGUUUCGGAAAUGAGCUACGACCCAUUCAGAGCCUCGCGAUCUCCUAUUGUUGCAUCUAAAACAGAUUGCACACAUUUCACAGUUCAGUAUUUGGGAUCGAAAAGUAGCAAGAAGCAUGUCUCACGAGAUUGUCGUAGGAAGUCGCUUCGCGUCGACGCACUUCGAAGCCAUAGCGGUCGAGGCUCCAGAAUCAGCUCAAAACAUUCUAAUGGCAGCAAUUCUAUUCGACGUGAGACAACUGGUAAAGAGUCCUCAAGAUCAUCCUCGUCCAAAUUUUCAGUCGCGAGCUCGCGUCUGCCUAGUGGGUCUCCCUUGCCCGUCAUGCGACCAAGUGAAGUGCACAAGCGUGGUGUGCAGUUCCCCCAUCUCAGGAAAAGCUCAACUGGAAGCGCACUGGUCUCAACGGCAGAUGCUGAUCAAUUUAGUCGCACACCUGAACAUGAUGUUCGAGCUUUGCGCAAGUUAGCCUCGGUUCGAAGCAGCUCUCAUCUCUCAGUUAGCCCAGCAGUGCCGUCGGAAGCACUCUUGCUCCACAAGAAAGGAGAAAUUGUCCAGUCUGCACCAAUUUCGAGAAGAUUGCGAGAAGAUGCUGAUCUGGAAGCCCGUAAAGUGAGUGCGGAACUUGGCAAGGCAUGCGAUGAAGCAUUUUGGCGCUCGUCUGAUGAUUCAAGUUUCAACACAUUUUCAUCAGCAGAAAAGCCAUUUGUAGAUACCCCACCGUCGUCGACCUCCCGGCCAUCUCCUUGUUUUGGUAUCAAAGAUACCUUCUAUGUCAGUGACUCCAUGAGAAAUCGGCCAUUGCCACCAACUCCAAAUGGUACGAUGUCGACAUUGCAAGCUACCGAGACGCCUGUGACAUACACUAGUCGUGAACUUGCGGAGAUGAGAGACCGUCUAGCAACGAAAUAUGCACGCGAUGGUGCUAAUAACCAGCAGUACUUCAACGACGUCUUGCGCCAACUCGAUAGCUUGAUGAGGCCAAUGGAACAGCGCAAGGUCAACCGGGAUUACCGGCGAAUUGUUUCUGCGCCACCAGAUUGCCAUCAUGCUGAGGCAUGUCUUGAUCUAAACAGCCUGGAUGUUAUUCCAGAAGAGGUUGAUGAGAAAAGCGGUCGUAGACGCGGCGAAGGUGCUAUUCAUAGAGGCUCUGGUUCGCAAAUCCGGUAUGGCACCUUUGUCAAUGAGGGUACAAUUCGAGCUAUAGUACCGUCUCCUCCACCAGUUUUUCAGCCGCGACCGUAUCAAAAUCAGGAGUAUGAAACCCCAACACCAUGGGCACCAUUGAAUAUCAGAAAGGUUUCCACGUCAACAAAGAGCUCUUCUAGUUCAGCUUCUGAAAAGAUGGACGUUCUUCCUUCUUCCUCAACAGCUCAUGUUCGCAAUUGCGCCCACCUUGCAAACAGGAACGGUUAUUCUGCAAAAGGAAGAGCUCCACCGACUGCGAAGAGGAUAAUGCCAACCGAUGCCAUCACACCACAAACUCACCAAUUAAAUGCAUUUCAUAGAGUCAGGCACGUAUCGCACGUCGCAGAGCACCCAUUUGGCCCGCUUGCUCGUCAUUAUGCCGGAAACUGUGCUUCGAUUUCUAGGGAAUACUUCCAGCAAGAAGGUCUGCAUAUGACUCAAGAGGAACUUGCAUCAGCGGUGGAAUGUUGUACAAGCAACACAAUUCUCUGUGAUAUCCCGGAGGACUGCGAGGCGGAUUUUCCAAGAUCUAUUACCUAUCAAGAACUCGCUUCCGACUUUCUUUGUCCUCUUAGUGGCAGUAAUGCUCGUAGCUAUGACCUGGAUGAUCGUUCAAAGACCCGCGACAAUCGUGAGAAGCAUAAGAAUGAACCACCUAAGCAAUCUGGACUCAAGAAAUUUUUUAAGGGCUUGGGUAAAAAAAAGCUUGCCUCAUCCCGUAAAGCCGUUUACGCCUCGGGAAGUGGGCGGCCUGCGAUCAAAAAACAGAUUACUACGCCUGAAAAUCACGCAGUUUUUGGCGAUCUCAAAGUGCACCGUACUUAUGAUGAACAAAAGGACAUAUCUGCCGAAAUGGAGAUUGCCCGCUUUGUGAAUGGCUUCAAAAAAUUUGUGCGCGAAUUCGGCUACUGGUCCUUCAUGACGCCGCUCAUCCAUGUUAUCCCGCUAUUCGCUUCUCGCUCUGAGGCCUGGGAUGCGCUAAGGUCCCAACUCGUUGAUGCUCCGAGCUACAAAGUCCUAACACGAAACCUGCAAAAGUAUACCACGACAAUCAAGUGGGAAUCGUCGAAGUUAUAUGAUAUGCUUUUCGAUUGCACAGUGGAUGUAGAGAUAUUUGGUGUCUCUCAGCGCAGCAAACAUGUCAAGAAUCUAAGUGUUGUACGCAUCGUCCAGACUUCAGGUCCUGCCCGCGGCUUUGCUACAAUCGCCAAUGAGAUCCAGGCUUUCUUUCAGACCAGGAAGCUUGUUGUUGAAAACGAAAGACAGGCAGCUGAAAUCAAGGCAACACUCUACGCUGGGCUUGGCUCUAUCAUGCCUUAUGCGCCUCGUCCUUCAUUCGAUGCCUAGUAGGCUUUCAACAACGGUUUAUCUGGAUUUUUGUACCAUUGGAAUAAAAGACCAUUCUUUCUAUUUCCGCCUUGUACAGUGUUGGCUUUCCCCUACUCGACUAAAUGGUCGUCAACUCCAUGAAAGCAAUCGUUAGUCUUGAGUUCUCACGCCGACUAUAUUUUUUCCGUCUUAAUUUGGGUAUCAGCGUAAGUUGAUGAAAAUCCGAAC